GUAUUUAGUAGUAGUGCACUGAUGGCCAUUGUGUAUACAGAUUCCGAAUAAUUGUAAUGUCCGUUGGCAUCGUCCUUUAAGUAACACCCAUGGAUCCCCCUUAAGGCUCAACACGGGGAUGUGAUUCCGGAGAUUCUGAAGAAAGUGAAGUGGAGUGAGUACAAGAAGUACCUUCAUGUUUGCCUUUUUAGAGCGUGUACAUACCGUGCAUGUACAUUAUACAAGGCCCCUCCGUUUUCAUACAUAUCUGUAUAUGCCCAGACAAUAACCAUGUAACGUAACAUUGCUGCCGUAGUUGAGGACUAUAAUUUUGAAACAUAACAGAAGUGGUGGUGGUUGUGUGGACCCUUUUCCUUGAGCUCGUUUUUUAUCAUCCAAGUUUACAUUAACGCUGAGAAAGAAUUUAUGAUACAAACCAACAACCCCGAAAUAAAUGGAGAAAUUAUUAACAGAGUCGAGCAGGCGAGUUAGUUGUAUAUACAUAUAAAAUGUGGUAGCAGUACGCACUUACAAGUUGUACAAAUAUUCAGGAUUAAGAAAAUAUAGAGUUCCGUUCAGUGAAAUAAAGAAAGUGAAUGAAGGGUUGCUCCUUAAAUAGUAAGUGCUGAGCUGGGGAGAAUUUCGUUUAUUUGUUUGGACUUCGAUUGCAUGGCAAACACUGUAGGAAUUUAGCACCAAAAGCGGUGAGUGAGUGGCUUUGGACGCUAAAAUAAGAAUUCAUUUCCUGAACAAGCGAAUGCAUGAGAACUCGUGAAUUAGUAAAAUCCCUUAAAUGGGCCUGAUCAGAUUUUUAAUCUCGAUAAGAUUAAAAUAAAAAGUGGUAAAGUUCAAAGUGGAAAUUAACAUAGCUCCAAUAUAAUAAAUAGCGCACGAAAUAAUUCCCUCAUGUAGCAGCCGGACCCAAGACUGUAUACUUUCAUGAAUUACAUUGUCAGAAUUUACACAACGAGAAAGGACCAGACUGAGCAAAUUGCGUACCCGUCCGAAAUGAGGUAUUUCAAAUUAUUUUCUGGCUUAACAUAAAUCCCACGCUGGUGGAUGGCCUUCAACAACAACGGCACCCAAGGAGGUCCUUCUUAUUCUGCGGCAACAGUCAACAGCAUGGAAGAAACAACUUCCUCUCAAAACGGUAACUGGCCAUUUUCUGUCCGCUACACAGCUUCACCUUAUCGAAAAGCACAGUCAGGGAAGAUUGGUCAAGUCUCACAAUCUGGACACAACAACCAUCAGGGAGGCCAUGGUCACUUUGACCCUAAUCCGCUCCCAGGAGGGGGCGGAUUUCAACCUCAUACAUCGAAUAUGAACUUAGUCAACCCCCAUGCACACCUAGUUUUUCACCACCAACAUCAUAAUUCACAGCAACAACAAGUUCCAUAUCACAACCACCCAGUUACUUUGAAACAGAAGCAUUUUGUUGCUGAAAAUGGGGCCCCGCAUCACCCAACGCACCAUCAUUCGUCCACUUCGGCAGCACAAAACCACUUUCUCGACCUUAAACAACACCAAGAACAUCAACAGCACUUGAUUCAUUAUCGACAACGCCAAUAUGACCACCAUCAUUACGGUCUGCCCCUCAAUCUAAAUGUAGCCGCACUUCCGCCAGAAGUAUUGAUUCAAGCGUCGCAGGCCACCUUGAACAAGACGAUGGACAUUGAACUGCAGCAGCAGCGAUUUGAAAACUUUCAGAAUUUUCAAAACUUGGAAUGCCUACAACAACACAUUCAUCUACAGCAAACUAAUUGCCAUAAUGGUCAUAAUUCCGAAAAGGGAGAAUUAAUGAGCAAUUGUUAUAGAAUUGGUCCAGAAAAUCAUCACUUUAGGAUGCGGUAUCCACCAGUAAAUCCAAGAAACCGGGUUCUUAAACUCAGUGGAAAUUGUAGCAGUUUAGAACAGGUGGAAGGACUUGACGAAGGCUACAUUGAAGAGUUAAAGCUCCAACCGCAAGACAAUCAUGGCAGUCCACAUCAUUCAACGGCUGGAUUUCCUCAACAUCAGCAAAACUUUCUACUGCAGCACAAUCAAGUACCCCAUUCUCAGCCCCCAAAUCCGCACCUUCCACAAGUUGACCCCUACUCGUACGCAUACGACUCCCAAGCACAUGUAAUUAAAGAGGACUUGAGUGUUUGUUCUGCAUCUGUAAAUUCCUACCUCAACAAGAAGGCUGCAAAUCAGCAACUUCAGCAGCAUCUUCAGCAAUCUGGUUAUCAUCCCCCAUCACCUGAAGCAUUUUUUCCUUAUGUACAGCACACUCCGUCACUUAUACCCCACCCACGAAGUAGGUCCAACCAUUCCCACCGCUCUACGACUGGGGAAGAAGACGGCUUGGAGAAUGAGUACGAAGAAAUUUGUGAUGUGCAAAAAUACAUGAACAUUAUCCCAAGUGCAGAAUUUGGUGGUGAAAUUGGCAGUAGCCUUGAAUUUAAUCAGCCAAGUGUAGAAGAUACCACUCCGUCUACUGACAUCCUCAUCAAUAAUAAGUCACAUAAUGAUGAUAACCCCGUUGCAGCUGGAGACAGUUGUCAACCGAAAGUAGAAGGUGGUCAUUCCAAGCAAGCCAGUGAAUCAUCGCUUACUUCGCCUCUCAAAAACUUAGUGGUCGUGGGCCCCUUGCCUCCGAAGCAUUUCAAAAGUUUUUCCACCUCCACUGAUGACAUUCUUGCCGAAGUGGUUCAAGUUCAGAAAAAACAUGAUCGGGUGCUGGACCAAUUAAAUUUGGAAGUGGAAAAUCUACUUUUGAACAGUUCUAAUGCCGAGUUUACGCAUUUCGAGGAUAAAGAUGAAGCAGGAUGCGAUCUGCAAGAGGUAGGGAAUCACAGCAUUGAUGGAUCUGGGAGCCCUUACUCAACUCUAAUCGUUACGAAAGACGCUCCUCCGUCGACUAUAAACUCGAUUAAUGGGUCACUGCCCUUUAGAUCGGCACAUUCGUCCUCAGCUAUCAAUCAACAGUUUGGAACAGUCAAUGCGUUUGGCACUUUUAGUCGGAAGAACAAGCAGGCGUGCGGAAAUUGGAGCAGUGGUGUCAAUUGUGAAAAGCUGAUUAUGAAUGAAAUGAAAGAUUGUUGUAACAGCGUUGCUGCUGAAACGACUUCAAAGACCAAAGUGAAAAUGAACGGAAAGUGCAAAGACGCGCAGAACAGAGAUGGUUCGGAGGAGAUGUGUUGUGGGGAUUGCGGAAAUAGAGGAGGGUCGAAACUGAAGGGAAAGUAUCAGAGGUCCAUGUCUCUCAUUCCCAAUUGGAAGAUCAGAGAUCACCUCAUGCGACUCCCGUUCCUGAGAAGCAACAGUCAUCAAGACAAAGUGAAGAAGAGCGAGGGAUUGUUGCCCCACUCGCACUCCAUUUCCGGUGGCGACUUUCCAUCCCUCCAGCAGCAGCAGCAGCAGGCCAACAAUAAGCACGCCAACAACCAGCACUCGAAUAAGUGCAGCAUGAACUCUGCCGUGGUCACCGAACAGCAAACCUCCGCUCCUACCCCUCUCAAGAACAGGGCUUCCUCCGUCGACGAGUUGAGAUCAACAGGAGAGGAACACUGGUAUUCUGCCGAUUCGGACACGGAACUCGACAGUCUCACAGCAAUUGCUCCUCUACCACCAGCCCAUUCCCCUCCAAAUGACCAAACCACACCCACCUUCAACCUGAGUGAUAAUAAUGCCAACAAUCCAAAUGUUACCCCCGUGAGUGUAAAUGUGAACUCUGUGAGUGUGAACCUCCACAAUCUCAACGGUGUGAACCAGGACCAGGAGAAAGUGAACUUGAAUUUAAACUACCACUUGAAAGGAAAAACUUUUCCCUUGGUGCAAAGUGUUGGGAAUAUUUAUUCAAAUUGUGGUAACAGUGACUGCAAUGGGUCCAGAAUGGAUGUCGCUACCAUUGGAAAUGGAAUCUCUGAUGUCCCCAAAGCCCCCAAAUUUCGACGACCGGUGGUAGGUCUAAAGGACAAAUGGAGAGAGUCGUGGUCCUCUUCUUCUGCAAAUCCUAAAACGCUGCUCAAGUCAACGUCAAUGGAGGAGGAAAAUCGUCUAUGGUUACGAUGGUUCUCCUUACGGAAAAACUCUGCCUCGGCCAAUCUGGACAAUUCCUCCAAUCAUAUGACCUCAUCAAAUGGGGGUCAUCGCCACUCAACCCUCCCACAGCUGACGGAGGAGGACCUUAAGCGGAUUUCUUUCAUGGAGGACGAGGAAGGCUACUGGCCACGCAGGACGGUCCAGCCACCUUGUCUUCCUCCCCCACCUCCAGACCUUUCGGGAGACCAACUAACCCGGAGGCACAUCGUUGCUGCCAUUGUGCACAGUGAAAACAAUUAUGUGGCUGCAUUGCAACGACUAGUCAACGAAUACAAGAAACCUUUGGAACACAGCCAUCCGGCCAUCCUAAGUCAUUCCAAGAUAUCCGCAGUAUUCCACCGUGUUCCUGAAAUACUCCAGUGCCACUCUUUGUUUCGCAUCGCAAUAGCGGAAUGUGUAAGGAAAUGGGACACGGAAGAAAAAAUCGGAGACGUGUUUGUCGCAAGUUUCUCCAAGAGUCUCGUCCUGGAUGUUUAUUCUGAAUUCAUUAACAACUUUACUUUUGCGCUGGAGACGGCUAAAGUGGAGGCGAGAAAAAAAAGUGCCUUUGCCGAAUUUCUUAAAGUGAAACAAAUGACAUCUCAUGACCGAUUGAGUUUAUUCGGAUUAAUGGUGCGACCCGUUCAAAGAUUUCCACAGUUCAUUCUUCUAUUGCAGGACUUACUGAAGAAUACACCGAAAGAUCACAAAGACAGAAUGAGCCUUCAGUUAGCUCUUACCCAGCUAGAAUCGCUGGCAGCCAUGCUUAACGAGAGGAAGCGGGAGAGCGAGCAGUACCAAGCUUUCAGAGAGACAAUCAAGUCAAUCGGUGGGGGCAAGUUUGUUCUCCUCCGAUCCAUCGUCGAUGAUCCCAAUAGAAUCCUCCUCCGCCAAGAUUUAGUCACCCAACUAGAGUUUGACAGCUAUGGUUCGACAGUGGCCAAGUCAAAGACGAGGAAAUUGCUUCUGUUGAACGACAUGCUUAUCUGUACAACAGUCAGCGGCUCAUCUGCCGACGGUCAUCCUUCUACCUCACAAUCAACUGCCCUCUCUCGAAAAGGGAGCUCCGAGGGUGAACCCUUCUCAAAUGGAAGAAGAAAGUCAGAGAAAUCCGUUUUCAAGUGGUCGUACCCUGUUCGAGAUGUCGAGGUUGAAGACAUCUCAAUAUCUCCCACCAUGAGCCGUUUCGUUCAGAACAAAAAUUCCAACUCGGGGAAAACCUCUGCAAGCCACACUCCCACCACGGAAGAGUCCUCAAUGUCCAUCACCCUGUUGGAAGAAAUGCAAUGUUUGAUGCAGGACUAUGAAGUUUUGUCUCGAAUAUUAGGCAAUGUUUCUACCCUCAAGUCAUCGUACGACGGGCUCUCGGUUGCUUCAGUGAAGGACUUGAUGCUUGAAAUUCAACAUCAGAUUCGAUGCAGAGAUGAACAAAUUUCAUAUUUCGAUUCGAGCUGCCUCGUUCUCGGCAUAGGUGUGAGCGGUCAUAAGGAGAAAGUGGUUUUCCAGAUGCAAAGUCCUCAAGCACGGUCAGCGUGGAUUGAAGAGCUGAGACUGGCCCAACUUGCUCUCGACCCAAAUAACAGUCCGGCUUGGGAUAUUCCACAAGAGAGUCCGUACCCAUUGCACAAGUUGCCACUCUUUGUCAAGGCCAUACCUUUAGCCAAACAACCUCAUCUUACCGUUGUUAAAUGUGGCUGCUUUUUUACCCACACUUUUGUGAGCCAAACUGGUAGAUCCAAAAUUUUGGAUUACCUGUGGACUUGCUCUACAGAUGGAAUCUCAUCACAUCUGACCGCUUUUCGGUCACAGCAGAAUGUUCUGAAAGAAGUUUCAUCUCUCGACCUGGUCGAAGAGAAGGUGAAUGACAUGCUGUUUGUGCAAGGUUAUAUCUGGGUGGGGACGGAGAGCAGAAAAAUAAUGAUCUAUGAUCCAGCAAACACAGAAAAAGGUCCAAUUGCUCAACAAAUUUUAACUGAUGCCGUGCUGAAGCUUCUACUUUACAAUAACAACGUAUUUGCUGCCCUUGCUGAUGGUCAUUUGGCAAUAUUUUCUCAACUAAACUUUGAAUCAGAGUUGCUGGAUAAAUUUUGUCCGGAAAUUUUACUACAACUGGGAGCUGACAAAAUUGUAUCUCUAUUUGGAUCAAGGGAGCACGUUUAUGCAGCAUGUGGGAGUGCCAUUGUAACCGUCAAUUCUACCACAUUCACAGUCGAGAGAAGUGUGACACUAAAUAAUCACAAUGGUCAUAUAUCUCACAUGACCUGUUCUGGAGUUGGUCUAUGGAUCACCACUCACGAGAGCGAAACCGUGUGUCUGUAUCACCUCGAGUCAUUCCAACAUCUUCAAGAUGUGAGCAUCAGGCCUUCCGUGUAUCGAACUGUACGCGAUUCAUUCCGAAGGUCAAAAGGUGUUUUUGUCACUUGUCUCGUAGCCCACAAAGGAUGGCUUUGGAUUGGAACAAAUCUCGGUGUGAUUCUCACAAUCCCUCUUCCUCGAUUGGAAGGGGUGCCAAUAAUAUCCACCGGUAACGCCAACGUUUCUUAUCACGGCUUCUGUGGACCCGUGACAUUCUUGAUGCCACUCAUGAAAUGCGCCGUUCCUCCCGCUCUGCUCCCAACUUCCGCUAAGAAAUCUGCGGAGAAAACUUCAAAAUCAGUCAGCAUGAAAGACACCGACAUUAACUUUGAUAAUCUUCAAGUUCACAACGAAAUGCAGCCAGCAAACAUUAUUGACAUGCCUCAAAUUUCGAAUGACAAAGUUGAAGAUCAAUUGCUAUCAUCAGAGACCAAAUCUGCAGAUCACGCUAGCACACCACCUCCAGAACCUCGUCUGACAAGUCCACUAACCAUUGAGGUUGACGUUCCCGACAAAUCUGCAAGUCCAGAUGUUGGGGGCAAUAAUCAAGAGUCCAAUAGUCCCAUGUCGCCUCCAAGUACGAAUGGUGUUAACCUCCGCUCCAGAAAACGCAAAGAUCGGGACCGUGGAUCUAAUUCCAACUCGCACAACAAUUCCUCCUCUAGUACAUCCUCCAUCGAAAACUCAUCUCCAUCUCCCAGCGCCAUUGCACAGCCUGGAGCAUCAAAAACUCUGGUCGUGCUUCGAAAAAAGAGCUCAAAAGACUCGUUAGUACAAAUGCGGAACUGCAAGACUCUCCCAAGGGGUGGGCCAAUACCUUCAAAUUUGAGAUUCAGCAUUGACUCGGAUGUUUACGGCCUCUACGGAAACCUCAUCAAUGUUAGAGGCUUGGAAGAUGAAGGCCGCUUUAUUGACCCACUUUAUGACGCUUUGAGAAGAAGUGACCCUGAACUUAAUUCGCUGGAUGCAAAAAUCAGUACCUUGGAUCGUCGCAUGAAGAUGAGGAUGACCCGGCCUCGCUCCCUUGACUUGAGCAAUUGGUCUGUGGAUUCCAAAAUUUCGGCGUCAUCAGACGAUUCCAGUGUAGGAUUGAGCAGCAGUAAGGGCGGAGAUUUCACGAUGCAUCUUCACACUCCAUCCGAUACGUCGCCUACACCUCCAAAUUCUAGAGAGAAUACUAGCGAGAUAGACUCGUCUACCGCUGUCAACGGCGAAUCUGGACUGAGUGCCAACAAUUUCCCUGUGACGUGUUCUUCUGCGGGAACAACUACGGGACGGAAGAACAGAACAAAAACCAAAACUGGAGGCCCUCACCAAGAACGCACGAUCUUGGUGGUGGUUGGGGGUCGAGGCUAUCUCAACAUGAGGGCGAUGGCACAAGAGCAUUUUAUUUCGACUACAGACACCGAAGCAAAGAGCUGUCCCCACUUAACGCUGUGGCAGAUGAAAACGUGAACAGUUUAAUUUAAAACCCUGCAAAUGUUUUUAAUGUAACUUGUAAACAAAUGUAUUUUAAAGUAUAAAAUAAAUAUAAGUGCAACGUUCAAAUGCUGAAUUAA